AAAGGCUUCUUGAAGAGAAUGACUUGAAAGACAUGACCUCCAAGCACUGAAGGAAGAGCCUGAAAAUAUCGACUCGAAUAAACCAAAGUGUGGAAUCUCAUCCUUGUGGAACACAAAAUGUGUGUUUAACAGCCACUAAAACACUAUGUAAAGCCCAUUCUAUAAAGCAGCAACAACGUAGUAUUAUUGUGAGGAAUUUUUGUGGAACUGGGACUCCGUUGAAACCUAUUGGAUGUGCCCUCAACACACCAUCGCGGAAUGGGCGGCUCUGUUUCGAAUUUGCAGGCUUUGGCACUUAGUUGUGGUGUAAUGGAGGACUUUCCAGCUGAGAUGAUGUCCGCUGGCGACGGGCAGGGCGACGCCACCUCGCAGGAGUCUUCGCCCAGCUCCGGGGACAAUUCGGGGCAACUUUCGCUGCACCAUUCGGAGGGGCCCGAGAACCAGGACGAAGAUCGCACGUGCUGGAUAUGCUUUGCCAGCGAGGGAGAAAACCGCCGCGCCCUGUGGGUGCAGCCGUGCCAGUGCCGCGGCACUACAAAGUGGGUGCACCAGAGCUGCCUCUACCGCUGGCUCGACGAGAAGCAGAAGGGCAACAUUCGGCGCAUUGUCGUCUGCCAGCAGUGUCUGACGGAGUACCUGAUAAUCUUCCCACCGAUGGCCCGCCUGGCCUCGGUCCUCGACUUCACCGAGCGUCUGGUCCGCCGCACCAGUCCCUAUUUGGUGGCGACCAUUUUCUUCGGCUCCAUCUACUGGUCGGCCAUGACAUUUGGCGCCAUCACUGUGGUCCAGGUCAUGGGCAAUCAGCGCGGGUUCGUGCUCAUCGAGAACGCAAACACGCUCGCUCUAGCCACCGGUCUGCCCCUGAUUCCCAUGGGCCUGGUCGUCUCGCGACUCAUACGCUGGGAGGACGCCACGCUGAACUUCAUACGCAGGCGCCACAACAUAUUUCGCAAGCUGCCGCUCCUGAGCUGGUGCUACGGCAGUAUUCCCGAGUCCGAGGACGAACUGGCCGUUGCGGAAAAUUCUUCGGCCGUCCCAUUCACAAUGGAGCCAUUGUACAUUGCUCGGGUCUGCGCCGGCGCCCUUGUGCUGCCCACCUUCGCCACCAUCGUCGGAGGCAUCUUCUUCAGGGGUGUACACGACUCCCUGUACCGCAACCUGCUCGGCGGUGCCACCUACAUUGCGGUCAAAGGCCUCCUCAACAUCUAUCUCCGACAGAAACUCUACUUGCGCCGGCGCCGUCGUAUCAUAUACGACUACACCGAAGAGAAUCUUCGCCUCUACGGGGGCAACCAGCCCGAUGGCACGACGGCGGCACAGCCUGGAGCCGGACUACUUCGCCAGGAUGCCGGCUUUGAGUACGAUUUUAGCACCGAUUCAUAUGAAACUGACGACUCCGAUGUAUACGAUAGUUCAGAUCUUUCGAUUCACAGCGACCCCGGAUUCAACGUGGAGUACUCUCGCGAAGAUUUUCCAGGCUCGUGGAGUGCAUCAUGGACAUUACUCCAUUAGAUUUAGAAGCGAAGCGAUAGUAGGAAAAUUUUCAUUUAAAGGAAAGGGUGGUGGGGGA